ACAGAAACUUAUCGGUCAUCUUUCUGUAUAAUUUUCAACUGCGUGACGUAUAAAGUGGUGUCCAGAGUUGUUCCGAUUCUAAGAACAAAGUUCUGGAUAAUUUUAAAGAUGGCAAUUGGGGUCUCUUCCCCUCAAUUCUACUCCAGUCCUCACACAAUCUUUUCUAGGCGAGUUUUUAUUAUCAAGUUAUCUCUUUUUAUUUUUAUUUUUAUUUUUAGGGUUUAAAAAUUAAAAUAACAUAAAAAUCAGAAGAACAAAAAAAGAAAAAAAGAAAGAAAAAAGAUGUACAUCAUAAAAAUAUUAUUGACUGCUUCACUCUUCUUGGUCGAAUCUUCAGUUGCCAACCCUGUAAAAACUGUCAAUGGAAGUGUCGAAAUUAAAUAUACGGAGGGUUUGCUUCAAUGUGUCGUGAAAAACAGAAAUGAAGAGUCAUACUUAAUCACGUGGUAUCGUGACGACAAAAUUGUGUCGCAAAAUGAAGACUUAAAAAUUGACUCAGAAAAACACCAACUGCAACUCAAGGACGUGUCGAAAAAUUUUGGAAACUAUAAAUGCAAGCUGGACGAUCAAACUGGAAGUCUUUUCAGUAAAACCAUACAAAUAAAGCCGGAGUCUUAUAUAACAAUCGAAUCAGUGGACGAGAAAUUGGAAAACAUAUCUAUCGAGAUGAAUUCAACAGAGACAAAAACAUUUCGCACCAGAUGUCUCAUUUAUUCAAAUCCCCGAGCAAAUGUUACAUUUCUUCAUAAUGGAAAUGCUGUAAAUAAGAACGAAAGAAUAAACAUCCGUAAAACGAUGCAAGGCGAAGGAGAGAUAUACGAGUUGACAAUAAAUAACAUUUCCACCAAUGAUAUUGGAGAAUAUAAUUGCAGAGCUACCAAUGGACUUCUUAGUAAAAGAAUCUUGGCGGGAAUAGUAUUUUUAACAGGCCAAUGCUCUACCGAACAUCAUUGGACAUGUCUUCAUGACAGUCGAAAAUGCAUCCCUAAGACAGAAUGUAAAAGUUAUGGUGAUUGCUUGGCAUACAACUGUGAACGACCAUCAAAACCAGUUGUUAAAGUGAAAGAUAUUGGUCACGAUACAAUUUCUCUAAGUUGGGGAAAGGAUCAAAAAGCGCUGAAAUAUACAAUCAUUGCAGAUACGGUUAAUGCUUAUUCCCGCUCAUAUCAUACGAAAGAGAAUCAUAUUGAACUAAAGGGAUUAAAGAAUGCUACAGCUUAUACCAUUACAGUAUACGGUGCCAACAAUGCUGGAAUGAGUAAAGACGAACAUGUAUUUCUAAAAACGAAGAGAAUGGUUCGUCCGCAGAUCAUUCAGAAUAUUCAAGUUGUUCGAAAGGACGAUGUGUCAAUUCAAAUAAAAUGGGACACACCUAAUGAUGAUGGAAUGGAAAAUAAACAUGGUGAUUUGUUAUACAAAACCAGCCAUUGUUUGUACGAUAAUAUCACCAAAUCGUCCUGCAUACACAAAAUCACCAAUGUCACUUCGCUGGAUAUAGAAAAUAUAAACAGCAACGCAUUGUAUAUGAUAAGCGUUACAACAAUUAACAAAGCUGAGCAAUCAGGACCCAGCAAAAAUGUAUACUACAGAACGACUUCCGGAAAAACAUCUACCGCAAGAUUAAACAAUCAAACAAGCUUGAUGUUUAUUUUGCUGCUACAAUUUUUUUUAAUCGUGAAGUGAACAUACUGCAGAUGUGAGAGCGCCAAGUUAGCAGUUACACAGAAGUGAUACUCCAUGUACUUCAUGAGGUGGAAUAUAUUUUGUAGUAUUACUGGUAAAUAAAAAACGACUGUAAAAGAACACAAAGUAGCUACAAAUAAAAAAUAAAUAAACUUCUCACGAAGUUUUAAAAUUCGUGUCUUCAAAGAUAUUCCUACCAUACGGUAACAUGAAAGAUAUUAAACAGCACACGUAAUCUUAACCAACUUCUGUAGUUUGUAGUUCAAAUUAUUCUUCUUCUA